AUCUGUAAUAAGCAAGCAAUGGUGUAAGAGAGAUUGCUGAAAAGUGGGAAGUGUGUCUACAAAGUAAACUCUGCUGUGCAUGUAAAAGUAAAAGGUUAAAGAUAGAGCCUGGAGAGCUUUUAGUUGCUGCUUAGUUUCAGGAACUCAAGAUUGGAUGAAAGUUAUUUGAAAUAAUCCAGCAUUCCCUUUAGCAGGAGUAAGUUCUCACAAAGGGAAAAGCCUUUCAAAGGAGUGAAGUGCUGAACUUCUGAGAUCCAAGGGCAAUUGCAAACAUGAAAGGUGUGAUCCAACCUGUUCUAGUGGCUUUAUUCUUCAGCGGAAGCAUUUGGAGCCAGGACCUAUCAAACUACUUAGAGCGUCUAGAAUACUAUUAUGAAUGCCCUAAAGAGUGCCGAUGCCCCACUACUUAUUCUAAUGCCCUGUACUGUGACAGCCAAAACCUCAAAGAGAUGCCCAAAGUACCAUCAAGGGUCUUGUAUGGGUAUAUUCAGAACAAUCUCAUUGAAGCACUCCCAGAUAAGUCCUUCAAGAACAAAACUCAAUUGAGAUGGAUAAACCUAAAUAAGAAUAAGAUUACAAGUGGUAACAUUGAUAAAGGUCUGUUUCAGAAAAUGGAAAACCUUCUCUACCUGUACAUGGAUGAUAAUAAUCUUGAAGAAGUGCCUGCACCCUUGCCAAGCAGCUUAGAAUAUCUGCGCCUAGCCAGGAAUAAGAUUUCUCGCAUACCAGAGGGAGCUUUCACCAAUCUGGACAAACUGACAUUGCUUGAUCUGCAGGGGAACAACCUGAAAGAUUUUGCCAUUGAUGCAAACACUUUUCAAGGACUGAAGGCUCUACUGCAACUCAAUUUGGCCAAGAAUGACCUCAAGGAAAUGCCCCCACAAAUCCCCACUUCGACUCUGCAACUCUUCUUGGACAAUAACUCCAUUAAAGCAAUACCACGGGACUACUUCAGUGGACUUCCAAAGCUGUCUUUUGUCAGACUAAAUCAUAACAACAUUUCCGACACUGGAAUUCCUGAGACUGUUUUUAACAUGUCAUCCAUAAUAGACUUGCAGUUAUCACACAAUCAGCUCACCGCAGUUCCACCCAUCCAUCUCGGUCUUGAACACUUGUACCUCGACCACAACCAAAUCAAAAACAUUAAUGGAGCUCAGGUCUGCCCCAUACCCAUCAACACAAUUAACCAGGUGCCCUCAACGGACCUUCAGCCUCGUCUCCGUUACCUCCGACUCGAUGGCAAUGGAAUCAAACCUCCCAUUCCUCUAGAGCUGUUGAUGUGUUUUAGACUUCUCACUGGGAUUGUCAUUUAAAGAAGACAAGCUUACUCUCCAACUCAGUUCAGAGAGAAAGAGAAAACAAAAUGCAAGUCUUGCGGGUCUGGUACUUGCAGUUUGAGAUGAUUCCUAGUUGCUUACCUUCUAAACUAGAAAAAAAGGAACAAAAAAAAAUCCAGUAAUGGCAGAAAAGAACCGGCAGUAAUUUGUCUUAAAUAAAUACCGAUUGGAACUGUAUUGAAUUCUGGCCAGAAAAGAGCAAUCAUCCCCAGUAUUAUCAUCAUGGGGCGGAUUUUCCA